AUGACGGGAUAUCACAAACAACUUCUUGCCGGCGCCCUUCCUUCUACCCUUAAAUGUAUUGCAAAUUCCCAAGGAGAAUUGCACGAUAUGCUCCAUCACAUUGUCCAUAACACAAAAGAAUUGAGCAACGUGCCAGGAAUAAAGCAGCGUGAAGCAGCGCGUCUCGAGGGAGAUUACCAAAAAUGA